AUUUUAAAACUAAUGAAAAAUCUAACCUUGGUGUGUGUGUAAGUGAAUGUAUACAACGUUGCUAUUCUUGGGGGGUGAAUGGAUUAUAAUCUCCAUCCAGUGCGGAGCAGAUAGCAAGACAGAGAUUAUGCUGGUGACAUACAGAACAACACAACUGAUGUAGCACGGACAGAAAGGCCAUCAAAAGGCCACAUGUGAUUAGAUAGCCAAGUCACCCCUGGCAUCAUUCACUUCUUAAUCAAAACCUGUUCCCUCCAUGUUCAUUGUUUCUCCUAAAGGUCUCCAUCUUAUCUGUGGUCGUGGCAAAGAGUAGAGGUGAGUUGAGGUCCUUCUCUGAGGCCUAUAUAAGCAGUUUCAAAAUGAAACACAAAUCACAGAGACAGCAAUUUCCAGGCUUUGAGGAGGUCUUCAGCAUAUUUUAACUCUCGCCAUGUGGAAGACAGCCCUCUUGACCGUAGGCUUAUUGGUCGCUCUUGUCACCAGGGUGCACUCCAAUGACGGCCAUCCUGCUUUCUAUGGAGUGAAGCUGUGUGGCAGAGAGUUCAUACGAGCCGUUAUCUUUACCUGCGGUGGUUCUCGCUGGAGGAGAAGCUUAGGCGACCCAGCUCUCAUUGAAGAAGAAGCCUUUGACCCAUGGAACACAAAUCCCAUGUCUCAACAAUCCAGUGACCAGGAUCCCGCAGGGUCCAAAUCAUGGAAAGAUCCAACAUUGGACGUGGUACCUUUGGCUCCAGGAUAUGGCCACUCAGUUCACCUGCCUGUCUCAGAGGGAGUGCUGGAGGUGCUACGGAGUGCAGAUCGAAAAGGACGGGAUGCGGUGGUCGGACUGUCCAACGCCUGCUGCAAGUGGGGCUGUAGCAAGAGUGAAAUCAGCUCUCUGUGUUGAAGCUUGCUUCUUGUGAUUGUGUCUUGUCCUGUCGCUAAUGUAGAGCUCUUCUCUUUUGUGUUUGCUCCAGUUCUUCAUGCUUAGAAUCCUUAUGAUUACAAUUCUGAUCCAACUAACUGUAGAUGUGUUAUGUAUGGAUGUAAGACUGUAAAUGUAAUGUGUACACAGUUUUGUAUGGUGAUUAUCACAGAUUAAUAGGCAUAUUUAAUAAAGCUUUGUGUUGGUGUUAUUACAAA